AUGACAAACCGACCCCUGAAUGAUGACCUACAACCAGUAUCACAAAAACAACAACCACAAGAAGACUUCGAAGCUACCAUCCUCGUCCCACAAACUUCUCAAUACUCACAAUAUAUAGAAGCCGAUGCCGGAGAUGGAACGAAAGCUCAUGAACAAUACCUACAUGGACUUCCCUUAAUGCUAACAAUAGCAUCCUGCGUAAUCGCACUAUUCCUAGUCGCUCUUGAUCAAACUAUCGUUUCAACAAUCUUAACCAUCGUCGGGGAGAAAUUCGAUUCAUUUGCCAAGAUAGCCUGGCUUACUUCCGGAUUCUCACUCCCUAUGGCGUGUCUUUCACCUUCAUAUGGGAAACUAUCUAUUGCAUUUGGGAGGAAGAAUACUAUGAUAGCGGGGAUAAUCAUCUUUGAAAUCGGAUCUUUGAUCUCAGCAUUAUCUACUUCAAUGGGGAUGUUGAUUGGAGGGAGAACGAUCCAAGGGAUUGGAGGUGGAGCAAUUCAAGCUAUGGUGAUGGUGAUUUUCACUGAAUGUGUCCCGAUCUCGAAGAGAUCAUUAAUGUUUGCCUCCACCGGUGUGGUAUAUUCGACAGCGAGUGUUCUAGGGCCGGUUAGUGGCGGAGCAUUGGAGAAGAUUUCUUGGAGGUGGUGUUUUUAUAUCAAUUUACCGAUUGGUGGGGUGGCAUUGGCGAUUAUGUUAUGGGGUUUCAAUCCACCUAAACCAAAGGGAAAUGUUAGGGAAAAGUUAGCGAAAGUUGAUUUUAUUGGGACGCUCUUGUUGGCAACUGGAUUGAUAUUGGUAUUGCUUGCUUUAACGUUUGGUGGGAUUGAUUUCCCCUGGAAUUCAGCUCCAAUUAUAGUGAUGCUUAUUGUUGGUGGGAUCGGGUUGGUAUUGUUUAUGAUUUGGAAUUUCCGGUUUUCAAACCAUCCAAUUAUCUUAAAAGAAUUCUUAAUUACUCCUCAAGUUUUAGCUGCUUGUAUAAGUGGAAUGUUUAAUUCUGCAUAUUUUAUUUCAAAUUUAACUUAUCUCGCCCUUUAUUUCCAAGUUAUAUUCAAUGCAUCAAGUUUUCAAUCAGGAAUAUAUUUACUUCCCAUGAUUAUUUCCGUCACUAUCUCCUCCAUUUCAAAUACGAUAUUCAUUACCACCACCAGCAAUAUCAAAAUCACCAUGCUUUUAUCGGGAAUACUUUCACCCAUCGGAACAGGAUUAAUGCUAUUAUUAUCCACCAAUUCCUCCCUCGGAUUACGUAUCGGAGUAUUAAUAGUUUCAGGUAUCCCAAUUGGUCUUCUGUUUCAAAGUACAUUAUUGGCAGCUCAAUUAGUCUCACCUAAAUCAAUCCCUGGGGCUUUGAUCUUAGUAACAGUCUUUGUAAAUUUUUUAAGAAAUGUUGGAGCAACCGUUUCAGUCGAUUUAUCCGAAUUAUUAUUCCAAACUACCGGAACCACUUAUAUUAAUGAUUUAAUUCGGUCAUUACCACCUGAUUCACCGGGAUAUUUGGCGUUGACGGGUAUGACUUCCAAGGCCUUGAUUUCAAAUCCGAGAUUAAUCAAUAAUUUACCAAUUGAGAUUCAGGAUAUGGUAUUGGAUCAAUUCAUGAAGGCGUUUAAGAAUGUGUUUUAUUUGGGAUUGGGAUUGGCUAGUGUUUGCUGUGUAGCGUCGUUGUUUACUACUAAUAAGAGGAUACCUAAGACUAAGAAUAUUAAGACGAAAGAAGAUGAGAAUGAUGGGGAGCUGGGAAAACGGCUGGAAUCUCAGAGUAAUUCGAAUGAGCUGACGGUUAUUGGUGCUGCUACGAAGACUGGGGAAUAA